AUGGUGUGGCCGAGGUUUUCGAGGGCACCUUUCUCUUCAGGAAGGAUUCAAUCAAGUAUUUUUCAUCGUUUUCACACUUCCAACAGAACUCUUUGUCGCAAUUUUCAAAUGCAAGAGCAACCAUACAGAUGCGAUGUUGAUGCCGAGCCACUAUACCGGUAUCAACCCGGGGGUUAUCAUCCUCUCAGAUUGGGGCAGGUUCUAAAGAAUGGACGAUACAGGAUUCUCCAUAAGCUAGGCUGGGGCAGUUAUUCUACUACGUGGGCGGCAAAGGACGAACAGAAUAGCCAAUAUGUCGCUGUCAAGAUUUCAGUCGCCGACAUGGGACGAAGACACGAGCUUGACGUAUUGCGGGCAAUAUCAGCUUUUCCAAGACACCAUCCUGGGUGGCCCCACUUGAACCAUAUGUUGGACAAUUUUACUUUGGAUGGUCCGAAUGGAACCCAUGAUUGUCUCGUCCUAGAACUCGUUGGCCCAAACGUGGCGGAUGCUGUUGCAUCGUACUACAAUGAUGACAGGCUUCCAGCCAAGCUUGCAAAGCUUUUUGCUAAACAGACUCUGCAAGGGCUUGAUCUCCUCGCAUCCCACGACAUUGGCCAUGGCGUGAGAAGACUGGACGGCAAGUCUCUGGAACGCAACGUCCCAUCCUAUCUGGUUCGGCCCGCCCAAUUCUGGAAAAGAUACAUGCUCCUACCGUCUCCCUCUGUCAAGAUUAUUGACUAUGGAGAGGCGUUUUUUAACAACAACCCUCCAAACACACUGCAUACCCCAUUGUCUCUUUUUGAACUUGUCACUGGCCAACCUCCUUUUGACGUCUUCAUGCUAACCCCCCCUAUUCUUGUUCAACAAAUGAUGGAAUUCGCCACUGACAGGCUACCAACACGGUGGCAGGUCAAAUGGCAAGCCAUGAAACACGAUUUGCCUGAAGAUGAAGGUGGAUAUACACUUCCACAAUGGUUGGAAGAGAUCUACUUCGAUGACAAUAAACGCGUCGAAUUCACGAGGGAGGAUAUUGCGAGUGUAGCUAAGCUGGUCGAACGAAUGUUGAAGUUUGAGCCGUCUCUUAGGAUCGUGGCAAGCGAUGCUGUUGCUGAUGCUUGGUUCGAUCGAAAAUGA